UACGAAAAAGUGACGGUGUCAUUGACAAUUACUUGAAGGAUGGAUCAAUUUCUAAAGGCAUAUAUUAUACGAAUUCCAUCGGGUCAAUCGACAUUAUGGAUGAGAUUUCUCGAUUGGCCCAACAGAAUAGUUUAUCAGCAGAAACGUCUCCCACUGGAUUCUGGUCCAAAAACUACGCGGCGCUGGCAGUUUAUAGGAAGGAAGACUGGGUGGUUAGUGUAAAAGGAUUUAACAGGUUCGUCUGGGACUUUGAAGGGCCAGUUUUGGAGAAAGAAAAUCUGUUUGGUAUUUAUCAGAGUCAUGGUGCGAUUUUGAUUGCCAACAGCGAGGCUUCCCUUCAAACACACGAUGUCGACAAUGGUUGGGACUGGACACGACAUCCGGGUGUUACCACAAUCAAGCUGGACCUCGACUACCUUAAAAGUGACGCUCACAGAUAUUUUCAACCUAGAAGACUAGCUGGAAGUGUAAAACUUGUCGGUAGCGGUGGGAAUCCAGUUGCAGUUGGAGCCUGGGGAAUGGAUUUUUCUCAGCCUCAGUAUAAAUUUCCUAAGGGAUCCUUCCAGUCGGAUAUCAAUUUCAGUUUCAAAAAGAGCGUGUUCUUUUUCGACUCAUAUGUGAUUUGCCUUGGUUCUAAUAUCCGUGCUGAAAACAGCUGUCCCUACAUUACCCAGACCGCUCUCUUUCAAGAUAAGCGACGACCAGUUGGCGCCUCGUCUAUUGUAAUAGACAAGGUCAGCCACAAACUGGACGUUGACCUGACAAAAGAGCCCUCGGACUUCAAUGGAGUAAAUGUGGACGCCACACUUGUGGAUGUUAAUGGCAAUGGUUAUUAUAUUCCUUAUCCUGCGAGCCAGGGACUUAACGUGCAGAUCAGUCCUCAAACGUCCAAGGACUCAUCAGGAAAGAAAACGUCGGCCCGGUAUGCUACUGCUUGGCUUGAUCAUGGGGUCGACCCAAACGGAAAGGGAUAUGAAUACACGAUUGCUGUUGCGGGAAAAAACGGUAAAAAUAGCUUAAAGCAAUUAGCGUCCAACCAAAGGUCAGGUUCCAGCCUAAAGUACAAAGUGCUUCAGAAAGACGACAACGCCCACAUUGUCCAGAUGAACAUUCAACCAGUCAAGCGAUAUGGAUACGUCAUCUUUGCAAAUUCCGUCGGCAAGUUUCCCGGUCCUAUUCAGCGCAUUUGGGGGGCACAUCUCAUCAUCAUGGCGGAAACCCGGAUAGGAAGCGGGGAUUUACACAUUGCCGUCUCAUCUCCAGAUCUGAACUUCAACAUGUCUUCUUCCAGGACGAAUAGGCCUCUAAACAAAAGCAGUGACCUCACUGGUGACGAAAUAUUCUUCCUCAACAGUGUACCAGUAAAUGUUCAGGUGAACUUGAGAAGGGCAGUACAUUUUGAUCCUAAUAGUGUGAUGGUGACGGUGAACGGGGACGUCAUUGGACAAGCGGAUACCUAUGUGGAAUUGGUACAAAAGGCUCCAAACCUUUGUAAAUUUUCAAGUCCGUGUGCGAAACAAAUCAAGUUCAAAAAUCUCGUGAAGGGUUUCACUACAGAAGUUCAUUUAACGCAAGUUCACCCAACUAAUUCGUGA